AUGACGUCCGUCCCGGAAUAUUCUGCUGCGGGCAGAACCAGGUCCUCCGAUGGAGCGACUGCCAGUGAUGUGAGCUCCACAUUCCAAAUCCCAUCAACCGAAUCGACCGAGUCAAACGACGACAUCGAAACAGUCUUCCUCAACAAAGAAGCCUCAACCCCAACCCACGGAUCAGACCUCUCUACCAAAUCACUCAGUGAACCAUCAAAAUCCCCACACCCCCACACCGAUGACGAUGAACCGCGCAAAUGCUGGAUCUGCUACACAGACGAAACAGAGAUCUCACCACUGAAUAAAGAAUGGCGGUCGCCAUGUCCCUGCGCACUGACCGCACACGAGGCUUGUCUACUAGACUGGCUCGCAGACAUGGAAAACCCCAAGUCGCGCAAGAACGGCGCAAAUGUCAUGAUGCAAUGUCCCCAAUGCAAAACAGAGAUCGUGGUUACCCGCCCACGAAGCUAUGUCGUUGAUAUUCUCCGAUUGUUCGAGCGGGUAGCUGGUCGACUCGUCCUUCCAGGCAUGGUGUUCACAGUCGCCGGAACUGUCUGGGCCGGAUGCUGCGCGCAUGGAGUCUACUCGAUGUACUUCAUUUUCGGGACCGAAGAAGCCAAGCAGAUCCUCGAUGACACCAUGGAGGGUCAGUGGAACCCGGGCAUGAAUAUUGGGUUACCUUUGAUUCCUCUCGUUUUGAUCUUCUCGCGUACUCGGUAUGCGGAAGGUUUGCUACCAGCUAUUCCGGUGUUGUUCUUCGCUGCGCACAAUCCAGGCCAUGAACCUGAUUUCGAUUUGUGGCCUCCUACGCCUGCUAUGACUUUUGCAGCACUGCCAUACAUUAAGAGCUUCUACGGGGCGCUCUAUGAGCGAAUGUUUGGCGGCUUGGAGAGGAAAUGGAUCGCCGAGGUCCAGCCGAGGGCUACGGAGGAGAUUCUGGACGAUGCGCAACAACAAGACGAGGCCGAGGGUCUUCACCGGUUCGACAAUGGGCAUGGACAGGUUCUCAUGGAGAUUGAUCUUGAGUUAAACGUUGGGAUGGGCAAUGACGACGCCGAAGCCCAGCCCGUCGGUGACGAAGAUGCCGACGCCCCCAACGCAGAAGGACAGAAUGCAGAGCAAAACAACCCGCUUGGUCUUGGAAGACGACAAAAUGAAAUAAUCCACGACACCAGCAACCUGGCAGAUGUCGUUCUCGGUGCGCUUGUUUUCCCAGCAAUCUCAGCUUCCAUGGGUGGAAUCCUCAAAUACGUCUUACCGAAAACCUGGACAACUCCCUCCACGAUUCUUGAACGUGGUCGUCCGGGCCUACUCCAGACCCGCUGGGGCCGCAGUGUCGUUGGUGGAUGCAUGUUCGUUCUGUUGAAAGAUGCAUUGGUCCUCUAUUGCCGCUGGAAGUUGGCGCAGACGCACCGACGCCGCAAGGUUCUCAAUUACGAUCGAGCUAAAAAGCAUGCUUCGAAGCGCUCGGCUCGGUAG